UCAAGAUGUCUUCUUGACUUAUUCGUUACUUCCUAAACAAAGCCGCCGAAACAAAACCCUUUGUCCUUCACCCAAACAUCAUCUGUAUUUACAACAGUACAAAUCUCAUCUGUAAUCUCAUCACUUCCCUUAUUUUUAAUCACAAGAAAAACCCACACAGAAACCAGAUUCUCCAUCAUUUCAAACUUUUAAAUCUUGAACAAAUGUUCAAUAUACCCACCAGGUUGUCGAACUAUAUCUAUAUAAUAGAAUACAUUAAGGGAAUAAUGGCGUAUUAUACACUCCAAACUUCUACUUCAAUGAUUUGAAUUAUUAUUAUCUUUUUUCUUGCCAGAAAGAUAAUCCAGAUAUAUCAAGUGGGUUGGUUUAAAUAAGUUUGGGGUGGCGUUUGAGCUUGCAAGAUUCGGAUUCAGGUCGGGUUUUGAUGUGGGUUUUUUGAGAUCUGAAGAUACAGAAGAAACCUGCAACUUCAAUGGAACCUCCAAGAGGGUUUUGGAAAUCUUUAGGGCAGUUCUUUCUUUUCUUGCCUUAUUUUGUUGGUCUUCUGCUUCUUGGCUUCAUUAAAGGAAUCAUUUUUGCUCCAAUUAUAUGUGUUAUUAUGACAAUUGGGAACUCUGCUGUUGCAAUAGCCCUUUGGCCAGCACAUGUUGUAUGGUCUUACUUUUGUAUAUUGAGUGCUAAACGAUUAGGGCCCGUGAUGAAAGUGGUUGUAUGCCUGUUGUUUACGCCAGUCUUAGCUUCUUGGCCUGUUGCAGUUGUCGUGGGUAGCAUUCUUGGUGGCUUAGCUUACGGUUUCCUUGGGCCGAUGUUUGGGACUUUUAAAGCCGUCGAAGAAGGGAAAACCGAUCAGUUUAUCCAUUGUAUUAUAGAUGGAACUUGGGACACUGUCCAAUGGAGCUGUACAUUUGUCCGUGACUUAAAAGACGUGAGCUUAUAUUCAUACUUCUCAGUGAUGAAGGAGCUCAAAGAAGGCCAGCCAGAGGGUAAACUUGAGAUUAGGGUAGUUUAUCUUCCUAUGGCCUUUUUUCUGGGGUUACUCGGACUACUGGUUGACUUUCCGGUGAUCACAUUGAUAGCCAUACUGAAAAGUCCAUACAUGUUGUUCAAAGGGUGGCACCGUCUGUUUCAAGAUUGCGUGGGUCGAGAAGGCCCAUUCUUGGAGACCAUUUGCGUUCCGUUUGCAGGUCUAGCCAUCUUGCUAUGGCCAUUGGCUGUAGCUGGAGCCUUGUUAGGUUCCAUGGUCUCUGGUAUUGCCCUCGGUUUAUACGCAGCCGUGAUCGUCUAUCAGGAGUCGUCUUUCUAUCUGGGGCUUUGCUAUAUCGUAGCUGCAUUAUCGAUAUUUGAUGAAUAUAGCAAUGAUGUUCUUGACAUGCCUGAAGGAUCUUGCUUUCCCAAGCCUAAAUAUAGACGUAACUCCGGAUUGUCUGCUUCAAGUUCUUUCUCAAGGAGGGGUUCCUUAAGACACGCACCUUCACGGUCUGGAUCAGUGCGGGCCCCCAUGAUCGAAUUGAAGCCAUUGGAGUUGCUUGACACCUUUUUCCAAGAAUGCCGUCGACAAGGUGAAUUCUUGGUUUUGGAAGGAUUAUUAACCGUAAAAGAGAUUGAAGAUCCACAGUCCGUUAGUCUACCUGCUUAUUGUAACUACCAAUCCGUUCUACGCUCAGCAAAAGCUGGUAUUCCUGGUUUAUUAAUGUCGGAAAAUGGUACAGAGAUAACUAGUGCAAACAGACCCAAAGAUACAUUUUUCGAUUGGUUUUUGAACCCGCUUUUGGUCAUUAAAGACCAAAUCAAAGCAUCAAACCUCACAGAUUCUGAAGAACUCUAUUUGGGCAAGCUAAUUUUGUAUAGUGGUAAUCCCCAAAAGUUGAAAAAUACCAACCUUGGCCCGCCACCCGAGUCGGAGCUUAGACGGGCUGAACUUGAAGCGUUAGCAAGAAGACUUCAUGGGAUCACGAAGUCGAUAUCAAGGUUUCCAACAUACAGAAGAAGAUUUCAGGAAAUCAUGAAGGCGAUAUCCGAAGAACUUGAUAAGAGAGACGGUAGUUACAGAGGACCGCAAGUUGUUCCCAGAUCGAAAAGCACUUUUGGUAGGCUUUUCAGCUCGCAAAAAUCGUUUAAAAGUAAAACGAGUACGAGUAAUCAAGGGGUUAGGCAACAAGAAGAUGUAAGAGAUGUGGAAAUUGUGUAAUUAGAUUCUGAAUGUAACUUGUAUGAAUUUACAUCUGAACCCUAAAGGGGCGAUUCAAGAUUCUUUUUGUACUUGCAUUUUGUGACCUGUAAUUGAUGGUGAAAAUAUUCUGCAUGCUUUGUCUGUUGUUUUUUAUA